AUGACCCUUCACCUUACCCUAACCGCCAUCUUCAGUUUACCCUUAAAGAAAGUCACGUCUCUCUUCAAGGCUGGGGGGCAGUGUACGGGUACCAACCCCUCACUCGCAUUGGAUCGGACCACUCGUUCGGCCUUCAGAGUACGAGAAGAUUUGGUGUAUCCUCCAGACAGAGCUCCCUCCUGGAGCUCUGCUUAUUACUUCCAAAUGUCUUCUACUCCUCUUGCCAGUCCAAAGAACUCUGAUAAUGAAGGUCCUGAGAAAGAAAAUCGUGGUAAUGAAGCUACUAAUCCUACCAUGAACCUAUCAAGUCCCUUCUUCAUCCACCCUAGUGAAGGACCUUCCUCUGUCUCCAUAACCCCUGUCCUUGAUGGCACAAACUAUCAGUCCUGGUCUCAUGCCAUUAGAAUGGCUUUAAUCUCAAAAAACAAGAUGGCUUUCUUGUUAGGCACCAUUCCUGUUCCUAAGGUUGAAGAACCUCUUUAUUCUGCUUGGGAAAGGUGCUAUACCCUUGUCAUGUCGUGGUUACUCAACUCGGUUACUCCCUCCAUCGCCCAAAGCGUUAUUUUCCUCGAAUGUGCCAUAGACAUUUGGAAUGACCUUCGCGAACGUUUUUUGCAAGGCGAUCUUCUCAGAAUCGCAAAGCUCCAUGAAGAAAUAUAUGGACUUUCUCAAGGAAUUCGUACUGUCUCUGAGUCCUACACCGCAUUGAAAACCCUCUAG